AUGUUGAGUCAAGUUGUGUCCAAUCAAGCUGGUCAACAAAGAGUGGGUUUUCAGGAUGUUGCUGAUACAUCCAGGAUCCAUGAGUUAUUAAGAAUGAAUACUCUAGAAUUCACAGGGUCAAAUGUCAUUGAGGGUCUGGAGAACUUUCUGGAGGAGCUGUCGAAGAUGUUUGAGGUUAUGCAUGUUGCUGAUGUUGAGCGUAUGGAUUUAGCUGCAUACCAACUCAGGGGUGUUUCUAUACGGAGGGCAAGACAGGAAAGGCAAACCAGACCUACACCAUCAUCAGCUAGUGCACCUGCACUAAGGAACAUAUGUGACUUCAGGAACCAGAACCCCCAGAACUCCAGAGCUAGACCUACUCAGUCUCAAGGUAGUGUGGCACAAAGAGAGUUCCCUAAGAACAGGCAGGGUAAUGCAAAUAGGGGCAAUAAAGCCCAAUAUUCUUCAGCGGCUCCCGUAGAUAAAGCUUUACCAAAAAAAGCUACAUUAGGGACAUGCAAAGGAACAAACCGUCUGUAUGCUAUAACCAGUAGCCAAGAAUAG